AAUAAGGAGCUAGUUAUAGGCAGCUAGAAAUGGCAAUUUCCAAGUUUAAUGGAGAAAGAGCAUCAGAGAUUGUUUUCUUUGAUUUAGAAACGAAUGUUCCUAACAAGGCAGGACAGAGGUUUCGGGUAUUGGAGUUUGGUGCUAUUGUUGUUUGUCCAAGGAAACUGAUUGAGCUCGAGAGCUAUUGCACCCUCAUUAGGCCAGGGGACUUGUCUGCUGUUGCAGAAAGGUCUGGCCGAUCUGAUGGGAUAACCCGCGAAGCUGUUGUAAAUGCACCUUCAUUUGAAGAAGUUGCAGAUAAGAUAUUCAGCAUUCUUGAUGGCAGGAUUUGGGCAGGACAUAAUAUUCAGAGGUUUGAUUGUGUUCGCAUAAAAGAGGCUUUUGCUGAGAUUGGCAGGCCUGCUCCUGUCCCUGUUGGGAUUAUAGAUUCAUUGAGAGUAUUGACAGAGAAGUUUGGCAGAAGAGCUGGGAAUAUGAAGAUGGCAACAUUGGCAACUUAUUUUGGCCUUGGACAGCAAAAGCACAGAAGCCUAGAUGAUGUUCGGAUGAAUUUGGAAGUCCUUAAGCAUUGUGCAACAGUCCUGUUCCUGGAAUCAACCCUCCCAAAUGUUCUGCAAGGAAAAUGGAACAACAAUUCCAGUAUGACAACACGAAGCAGGAGUCUCCUGGAGUCGAGUUUUCCAAAUGCAAUGGAUGACAAACGGUAUAAUUCUUUCACAAUGACAUUAAGAAGCAAUAGAGGAAAUUUUCCAUAUGGAGAAAGCAGCAGGAAAUCUCCACCACCAUCUGUAGGAUGUCAUAGAGUAGUUCCAUAUACAACAGGAAGUCUUGGAAAGAUGACAGUAAGAGUGGGGAAUCUGUUGUGCAAAGCGCAAAGCAAGCCUCUCAGUGUUCUCCUAAGGCACUCUCAUUCCCUGCUGCGAUGAGAUGAUGGAGCUGGUUCACGUCAUUUGCAUAUGUUUGCAUCUCCAGAUGUCAAAGUACUAUCUCUGUCUGUCUGUCAAAGGCCAACGAGAUCAGAGACGGAGGACAAUCCUUCUGCAGUGUUCCUCAUGCCAAUUGAUUCACAUGGCCACGAAAUAUUAAUUCUCUAAAGAAUCAAAUGGAAGCUCAGAUACAAUAAGCAGAUUCUCUACCACAGAACAAAGGCUGCACGACAGAAAUUUGAUUCUUACAUUCUUUGAUUCUUUGAUUAACUGAUUUGCUGAUUAGUGAUUUUACUCAUUUACCAACUGUAUAUACACGUUACAAUAAGUUGGUUAUCUGGUUUUCAGAUUUGGGAAGCUCUUCUUACUUGUCAUCAAACUG